GCGCACUGCCGUACUGGUACUCAUGAGAACAGUAUCCUCUGACCAUGGUCCAACUCCCCUAGGACAGUACUUGUAGAACAAAUAUCAUCCAAUCAUCAUCCGAUACGUUACCAUGCAUGCUCUUCCUCCCAAACAAGAGACUAGCCCAUGUUAAUUUUGCAGUGACCGUUUUAUCCCCUACGUUCCUCUCUCUCUCACGCUCUUUUUGUGUGCGUGAGUGUGGCAGACACAGUACUACAGCAGAUACAAAGAGACACAACCAUUCAACGCAAAACCCUUCCUCUCUAGUAGCAAAAUAUUCAAAAGGCAAAACCCUUCCUCUCCUUUCCACAAAACCCUUUUUACUCAAACCCUCACCUCCUUUGUUCUCUCCAACUUUUGAAAAAUGGCUUCUUCAAGUUCAACUUCUCCAACCCAGAGUCCCCCCAAGCCCGAGGGUCCUUACUUUUCAGACUUUGGAAUCACUGAUUCAGGUGGGCUUUACGCUACUAACAACCCCUUUCAGAGGAGUGGACCAAUAGAUGCAGUGGAACGCAUUGCUCUGGCAAAUCAUGAUAAACUAUACAUGCGGGUAGAUAUGCCAGGUGUCCCCAAAGAAAACAUGCACUACUCUCUCGAUGCUGACAACAACGUGUUCUUUGGAGGCUUAGCUCCCAAAGAAUGGGGGCACGAUGACCAGGAAAGGGAGUACGGAGGUUUUAUUGGACUGCGUUGUGGUUGUUGUAGAGUCAAAAAACUUCAUGGCAGUAUCAGCAACGGUGUGCUGAGGAUGACAAUGUCUAAGAAGAAAUUGAAGAAUAUGAAGAACAAUAAUACUUGCUGCACUCAUGGUCCUCAUCAUGUGGACACUUCCAUGCCUCAAUCGGAUGAAGAUUUUGCUGAAGAUAAGCCAGGACGUUUACGUGCAGCGUGUCACCCAUUCCAAACCAGAGGGCCCAAAGAAUCAUAUGGAGCAAAAGAGGUGAAGGAUGGUUUUUUUGUGUGGGUGGACAUGGCUGGAGUCACUAAGGACAAGGUGAGUGUUGGCGUGGAAAAUGGUCAUGUUUUGUUCUCUGGUGAAGCUGGGAAGGAGUCUAAUCACGAGGAGAGUGGUAGGACCUAUAAAGGUAGAUUUGGACCCUUUGAUGUGAAAAAGAUUGGGGACAUCAAAACUGAUGUGAAAAAUGGUGUUCUGAGGAUGUUUAUUCCAGCAAUAGGUGAAGAGUAGUAUUGAUCAAUUUCUGCUGGGUUUCAUUUAGGGCUUAUUGUUAACAAUUUUAUUUCUGUUUUGGCUUUUUGGGAUAUGUGAGGACUACUUAUGGUAAUGCUUGUUUUGCACUCUUUGGACAAAGUACUUGAAUUGUUGGCUAUUGACUAUUGUCUUAUGUAUAUGGCAUGAAUC